ACCCUCAUGGAGGGCGGAGCGGCGGCAGAUUAACCCCUUCGAGGGCGCUGGGCGGGCUCCCGUCCUGCGCAGCUGCUGCAGAUAAGGAGGGGGUGGGGGGCGGCGGCUGGUUGGUUGGUGCAGUGGGUAAAGGGGGCAGGUCGUGGGGGGCUGCCCCCUGGGGGAGCACUGGGUGGGGUAAGUCAUGCUCAGCCAUGGGGGGGCUGGGGGGGGCACCCCUGGGCGGGGCUCCCCUCCAAACGCUGCCUCUGCGGGAAAGAGAAGCAAGGGACCCAGGGCGCCCUUCUCCCCCCCCCGCUGCAGAAGUGACCCUGCCCCACUCCAGGCCCCUGUGUGGGGCGGGGGAAAGGGCAGCUCCCUUCCCCUUGCUGUCUGCUGGGCGCGGGAGCCGAGCACCGAGCAAACCCCUCUGUCCCAGAGCCUGUUCCUCGUGGGCAGAGCCGGUGAGCCCCAAGCCCCCUUUUCCAGUGUACCCCACAGCCCCUCCUCCGUCUCCCCCAGGCCUUUACCCCUCCUGAGCCCCACACGCUGCCACCCCCAGGCUGUCUCUCGUCAUCGCCAGCGACGUGGUGAUAGCGCCUGGGAGCCCCAGUCGCAGAACCCGGACCCCCAUGGUGCUAGGGGCUGUACAAAACAAAGAUGGUUUCUGCCCUUGAUCCCAUCAGGCAUUUGGAUCUGCCCCUUCCCCCGCCCCGCACAGGGACUGAGCCGUAAGUAUCUAGAUAGCUGCCAUCUGAAGCGCACCCCACCCCUCGACAGCCUUUAUCCCAUAGCCCCCCCCCCCGCACCUGCCCUUCCCGUGCCACCAACCUUGCCCUCCUUUGCUAACGUAAUCCCCGCCCCGAUCCCACCUGUGUAACACUGAACCCCCUUUGUCCCUGACCCCAGCCAAGCUCCCUCCGCCCCUGAGCUUCCAAGGCACAGCAGAGUUUAGCAGGGGCCCCUCCAAACUUUCCAGAUGCCUGAAUCUGAGAGGGGCUUUGUUAAAGGCAGGGGGGCUGUAGGGGAGGGCGCUCCCUGGCUCUUUAAGGUGUUGUCCAGGGGCGGGGGAGAUGCCUGCUCCAGAGCAGGAUCAGAGCUGCCAUCUUGCUCUCAUCUGGGCUCAUCCUUGGCCUUGCAUUGCUGGGCUGGAAAGAGCCUGGAGUGCCCCCGUGGGAGGCAGAGCACAACUGGCUAACUCUCGUGCGUGCCCCCCCUUGCUCUCCUGUGGUAUCCUUGGGCGGGGCUUGCACUGAGCAGCGUGCGCAGCUGUACACAGAGCAAAACCCUACCAAAACAAACCCCUCUGUGGCACGCCCUGUUCUCCUGGGGAGAGGAGCAGAGAGAACAAUGGAUAUUAGUCCCAUUACUUAAUGCAUGACUGGAAGGGGGUGGGGUGAAAGAACCUGCAGCAUGGAAUUGAUUGAGCAAUAACCUUCCCUGCCCCUAAAGGGCACUGGUGCUUGCUGGGGCAGUGCCUUCCUGGAUUGACAGUGCAGGAGGGCUUCAGUAAAGCUGCCUGUUUUUCAUAUGGGAGCCUUCCCUAUUGGUUAGCGCAGGAGCCUGGCUGACAAGGCGUCCUGCGUUCUAUUCCUGGCUCCGGAAGGGGGUGUGGUCUAGUAAUUAGAGCCGGGGACUGGGUACUAGGAGACUUGGGUACUAUUCCCAGCUCUGCCACUGAUUCAUUGUGUGACCUUAAGCAAGACACUGCACUGCCCUGUGCCUCAGUUUCCUCCAUCAGAUAAUCUUUGAAAAGCACUGUGAGAGCGAGGAGAGAGGAAAGAUGGGCCAGUGGGUUCAGGCCCUAGCCUGGGACUCAGGGAACUGCAGUUGAAUUCCCUGCUCUGCCCCAGAGUCCCUCUGUGACCGGGGUGAGUCAUUUAGCCUCUCUGUGCCUCAGUUUCCCCAUUUGUACAAUGGGGAUAUCGGCACGGCCCUGCUGCACAGAGGAUGUGAGGAUAAAUACAUGGAGGAAUGGGGAGGCCCUGACAGUGAUGGGGACCAGGUGUUAUAAUUUAUUAUUGCGAUGGCACAUGGGAGCCCCGCUCACAGACCAGGGCCCCAUGGUGCUAGGGGCUGUAUAGACAAACCCAAAAGAGAGAAGGACCUUGUCUAGCUACCUAGCCAGAUCUAGGGUUAAAAAAGUGCUAUAGUUCUCAAUCGUUCCAGACUACUGUACCUCUUUCAGGAGUCUGAUUUGUCUUGUGUAUCCCCAAGUUCCGCCUCACUUAAAAACGACUUGCUUACAAAAUCAGACCUAAAAAUACAAAAGCGUCACAGCUCGCUAUUAUGGACAAAUUGCUGACUUUCUCCUUAUAACCAUAUAAUUAUAAAAUAAAUCAGCUGGAAUAUAAAUUUUGUACUUACAUUUCGGUGUAUAGUAUAUAGAGCCGUAUAAACAAGUCUGUAUGAAAUUUUAAUUUGUACUGACUUGGCUAGUGCUUUUUAUGUAGCCUGUUGUAAAACUUGGCAAAUAUCUAGAUGAGUGGAUGUACCCCCUGGAAGACCUCUGCGUACCCUCAGGGAUACACGUACCCCUGGUUGAACCCUUGCUAUAGAGGGUUAUUACUCUCGUAAGCUGAUGAGCGAAGACUUCCCCGACUGGGGAGGGGGAGAUCAGUGAAGAAGGAAAUUGGGAUUCGGCUUCCUGCACUAAGACACCAAUUCUGUGUCGCCUCUGGCCCAACAGGUCCCUGGCCUAGGUGUCAUCGCUGCGUAAAUAUGGCUAACGUGUCCCCCCUGGGGACGAUGCUGCCUGCAGCAGGCUGGUCCUGAGAUCAGUGCAGUCCACGAUGCCCAUGUACGGGGUGGAGGAGGCAGCCUCAGCUGCUGCUGAGGUGGGGCAAUCAGUUGCCACCCUCUCUAGAGGAAGAAGCUGGCUGGAUAGUUGCUUCCUACUCUGAUCCUGCUGCCAGGUUGGAGGGGGAGAGGAAAGGGGGGUCCCGUUGUCUCUAGAGAUGAGCCCCCGUGCACCCACCCACACGCGCACACAGCUGCUUUCUCUGUCAGGACAUUGGGCUAUCCUUAGCGUCCACCCUCUGUGUAUCAGCUGCUGACAUGCUGUCUGAACCCAGCUGAGCCUGAUGGGACUGGGACCCAAAAGCUAUCUAACAAGCUCUAAGAACAGGAGGACUUGUGGCACCUUAGAGACUAACAAAUUUAUUUGAGCAUAAGCUUUCGUGGGCUAAAGCCCACUUCAUCGGAUGCAUGCAGUGGAAAAUACAGUAGGACGAUUUUAUAUACACAGAGAACAUGAAACAAGCUCUGCCUGCUAGAAGCGGCUUGGGCCUGGUCUGAGUGACAGUGGGAGGGGAGGGGAAAUGUCCUGGUCCUGCCCCCCACCCUGUGCAUCGUCUAUGCUGGCCCACCACUUGGUCGAGAUGUAUUUAGAGACAGCAGUCAGAUCUCCUCUCAGCCUGCGCUUUGCCAGGCUCAACAAGUCAAGCUCUUGUAGUGUCCUCUUGUAAGACUGGUUUUCCGUUCCCUGGAGCAGUGGUUCUCAACCAGGGGUACACGUACCCCUUAGGGUACGCAGAGGUCUUCCGGGGGUACAUCAACUCAUCUAGAUAUUUACCUAGUUUUACAACAGGCUACAUAAAAAGCACAAGUGACGUCAGUACAAGCUAAAAUUUCAUGCAGACAAUGACUUGUUUAUACUGCUCUCUAUACUAUACACUGAAAUGUAAGUACAAUAUUUAUAUUCCAGUUGAUUUAUUUUAUAAUUAUAUGGGGAAAAUGGGAAAGAGAGCAAUUUGUCAGUACUAGUGAGCUGUGACGCUUUUGUGUUUUUAUGUCUGAUUUUGUAAGCAAGUUGUUUUUAAGUGAGGUGGAACUUGCGGGUACGCAAGACAAAUCAGACUCCUGAAAGGGGUACAGUAGUCUGGAAGGGUUGAGAGCCACUGUCCUGGAGCAUCCUAGUAACACUUCUCUGUGGCUGCUCCAGUGUGAAUUCACUCCUGAGUCCUGCCUGGUUUUACUAUUAGACCACACUCCUUGCUUUGAUCCGAGUAUCUUGCCAGCCUCCUGCUCGAACUAGGGGCUUGUCUACACUUAAAAUGCUGCAGCGGCACAGCUGUGGGACCGGGUGUGGAUUUUUCACAUCCCUGAGUGAUGUAGUUAUACUGACCUAAUUUCCUAGUGUAGACACAGCCUAAUAGACCACUGCUAGUGCUUGGAAGAGAAUGCAGGACUCCUGACUCCCUGAAGCUGCCAGAUCUGGGCAGUAGAAUCCGGGAGUCUUGACUCUCACUAGCCACUGGACCAUGUCCCUCACUUAAGGGGGUUACUGUGUAUGCUGAGUGGCUGCCUCACCCCAGCACCCACAAGGUCCCUUGAUGCCAUGACCUGGCCUGGCACAGAUCUGGUUUGGGAUGGGAGGUGUCUCUAAGAGCUUGUCUACACAAGGGGAAAUUGUUGCAGAGUAAGCCUGGUUGUGAAUUUAAAGCACAGUAGCUCUCCAGGUGGACGCUCUCAUUCCAGCAGGAGGGUGCCUUUUUCUGGCAUAGCUUAAUCCACUUCCAAUGAGAAAUGGGCUGCUUCGUAUUCCAAAUGAGCAUGCCCACAUGAGGUUAAAGCAGGUUAAAUUCACACCUUUUGUUAAUUUGGAUAAACUUUCCUGGGUGUCUCCCUGUAGGAAAGGCCUUAUUCUGGAACAAGAAUGUCCACCUGGGGGGCUAUUCUGGUCAACUACCCCACGUAGAUAAGCUCUAAGUCCUUGUGUGAGCACUCUUAUUCUGGAGGCAGGGUGGCCUAGUGGAUAGAACACUGCACUGGGCUUCAGGAGAUCUGGCUUUGCCACCACCCUGCUGGGUGACCCUGAGCAAGUAAUUUCCCUGCCCUCUGCCUCAGUUUCCCCACCUGCAAAAUGGAGAUCAUGAUACUGACCUCCUUUGUAAAGUGCUUUGAGAUCUACUGAUGAAGAGUGCCCCAGAAGAGCUAGGGAUUGCUAUUUAUUAUUUUUAUUCUGGAACAAGAGUGGCACUUCGCAGUUCAGUUUAAACCCCGUCCAAAGCAGCAUAAACUAAACUGCAAAAGGUGCUCAGAUUCCAGAAUACUCAUACGGGGAUUACACCACUGUCAUUAGAGCUGUUUAAAUUCACAUCUGAACACAUCUUGCUGUAACUUUUCCCUUGUGGACAAGCCCUUAUUUUAAACAUCGCCUGUUCUUCCAGGAGCCUCUGCUCCUUUAAAUAAUCAAAGCAGGGGGCUGGCCCUAUUUUGCCUAGCCGUGUCCACUCCCCCAUCUCCUACUUCCCAAGGAUAUUUGAGCCGAGAUCCGUGCAAGUGACUCAGACUGUCAGUACCAGAGAGGCAGACGCAGACGCAGCUCCAGAGAUCUGAGUCACCGACCCGUGUUCCCGUCUCUCUGCCAGGCUGUGAACCGCGAUGGACACCCCAUCUCAGAAGAGGGCCACACGGAGUGGGGCGGGUGGCACCCCGCUCUCUCCAACCCGCAUCACCCGCCUGCAGGAGAAGGAGGAUCUGCAGGAGCUCAACGACCGGCUGGCUGUCUAUAUUGACCGGGUGCGCUCGCUGGAGUCGGAAAACGCAGGUCUCCGGCUGCGCAUCACCGAGUCCGAGGAGGUGGUGAGUCGUGAGGUGUCGGGCAUCAAGUCGGCCUACGAAUCGGAGCUGGCGGAUGCCCGCAAGACCUUGGAUUCCGUGGCCAAGGAGAGGGCUCGACUGCAGCUGGAGCUGAGCAAAGUGCGGGAGGAGUUCAAGGAGCUGAAGGCACGGAAUGGCAAGAAGGAAGGGGACCUGCUGGCCGCACAGGCUCGCCUCAAGGACCUGGAGGCCCUGCUCAACUCCAAAGAGGCCGCGCUCACCACCGCCCUGGGGGAGAAGAGGAACCUGGAGAACGAAAUCCGGGACCUGAGAACACAAGUGUCCAAGCUGGAAGCCGCCCUGGGCGAGGUGAAGAAGCAGCUGCAGGAUGAGAUGCUGCGUCGGGUGGACGCCGAGAACCGUCUGCAGACGCUGAAGGAAGAACUCGACUUCCAGAAGAACAUUUACAGCGAGGAACUUCGCGAGACCAAGCGUCGCCAUGAGACCCGCUUGGUGGAGAUCGACAACGGCCGCCAGCAGGAGUUUGAGAGCAAGCUGGCUGAUGCCCUCCAGGACCUGCGGGCCCAGCACGAAUCCCAGGUCAGACUGUACAAGGAGGAGCUGGAGAAGACCUAUGGCUCCAAGCUGGAGAACGCCAAGCAGUCGGCGGAGAGGAACAGCAGCAUGGUGGGCGCCGCCCACGAAGAACUGCAGCAGUCGCGGAUCCGCAUCGACAGCCUGUCGGCCCAGCUCAGCCAGCUGCAGAAGCAGCUGGCUGCCAGGGAGUCGCAGCUGCGGGACCUGGAGGACGCGCUGGCCCGGGAGCGGGAGACCAGCCGACGCAUCCUGUCCGACAAGGAGCGGGAGAUGGCGGACAUGCGGGCCAGGAUGCAGCAUCAGCUGGACGAGUACCAGGAGCUGCUGGACAUCAAGCUGGCCCUGGACAUGGAGAUCCAAGCCUACCGCAAGCUGCUGGAGGGAGAGGAGGAGAGGCUGAGGCUGUCUCCAAGCCCCAGCUCCCAGAAGCGGGGCUCCAGGAUCCAUGUGAGCCACUCCACCACACCAGGCUCCUCCAAGAAGAGGAAGCUGGAGGACGGGGAGCGCCGGACGAGCUUCUCCCAACAUGCGAGGACCAGCGGUCGUGUGGCCGUGGAAGAGGUUGAUUUGGAAGGGAAAUUUGUCCGUCUCAGGAACAAGUCCAACGAGGACCAGGCGAUGGGAAGCUGGCAGAUCAAGCGUCAGAAUGGAGACGAGGCCCCCAUCAGCUACCGCUUCCCUCCCAAGUUCACCCUGAAGGCCGGCCAGGUGGUCACGAUCUGGGCUUCUGGAGCUGGCGCCACCCAUAGCCCUCCCACUGACAUGGUGUGGAAGGCCCAAAGCUCCUGGGGCUCUGGAGACAGCCUGCGAACCGCCCUGAUCAACUCCAGCGGAGAGGAGGUGGCCAUGAGGAAGCUGGUGCGCACGGUGAUCAUCAAUGACGAUGAGGAGGAUGAUGAUGACGAAGUCAGCGUCCACCACCGUCACCACCAUGCCCACUGCGGUGGCACAGGUGAUCCUGGCGAGUACAACCUGCGCUCCCGCACCGUGGUGUGCAGCACCUGUGGCCAGCCGGCAGAGAAAGCCAGCGGGGGCCAGAACGUCGCGGCUGGCUCCAUGUCCUCGGAAUCGUCCGCCUCCAGCCUCACCAUCACCCGCAGCUACCGCUCCCUUGGAGGGACUGGUGGGGGCAGCAGCGGCCUUGGGGAAAACCUGGUGACCAGGUCCUACAUCCUGGGUAACUCCAACCCACGCAGUCAGGGUCCUCAAAACUGCAGCAUCAUGUAACCAGCAGAGGGUGCUCUCCUUGCUGACAACCUGCCAUAUCAUGCUAUUCCCCCCCCGCCCAAGCCUAGAGAACCAUUUCCCCCCCCCUUUUUAAAACAAAGGGGGGUUUUUUUGUGUUUUUUCUACAGCAGAAAUUUUAUAUAUAGAUAUAUAUAUAAAAAUGCUAAAAGAUGCUUUGAUUUUUUUUAAGAAAAAGUCUAUUUCUAUAAAAAAAAAAAGCUUUUUCAGCUUCUAAAUUUUUUUAAAAACUAAAACCAAAGAGGUGAAAGAAUUGUGGCUACCAAAAAAAAGAGAAGGGAAAAAAAAAAAGAAAGAUUGUCGUUUAAUAGCUUUCUAGAUGUAUUUUUUGGCCAAAGCUUCUUAUGUAGGACUAGCUGCUGUAAAGCCACCAGAGCUGAAAUGCUGACCGCUGUUCCCCAGGGGCCGCGUUGCUCUCAGAACCAUGCACUUAGACCUGAUGGCAAAGCUCACUUGAAGUCAGUGGGCCUCACGCUGAUGUCCGUGAGCUUUGGUUCAGGCCCAGAAUCCUUUAGGAGGAGGAUCAGAUCAUCAGGCCUGUUUCUCAUAUAUGCUAAGGCCCUUUUACGUCACUCCUACAGCGGGAAGGGGCCUUCGAGUGGAUGGAACUGUAACUUACGAGCACUGCGGAAAAAAGACCUUGGUACAUUUCACCCAGUGGGCCUGAUUCUCACUGACAGCUCUGUGUCAGCUUCACAUUCUGUUUAAUCGCAUGGGGGCAUUAUCUUAAGCGCUCUCCUUUUGUCCCAUUUCCUCUGCUUAACUGCUGUUCCCCGACCAGCUGCUGCACUGCUAUAGCCAUGGGAGAUGCUGAUGAGUUUAAUUUUCGUACUGUACUGCUGUUAUUCAAUGCCACUUCUUUUUCUUCUAAAGGCAGCCAAGUCGUGCCUUAAAGGGUGAUACUGAUUGGGUGAGCUUAAUCAGAAAGGGAGAUGAUAGAGGAACGAGGAGUCCGGUUUAGAGAGCCUGAUAGCCCAGGAUCCAGUUCAGAGACCAAGGGCAGAGCGAUCAGGGAGACAGAAAGAGAGAGAGUUUCGGAAUGUGCUUGUUAUAAGCGUGGGACCAGAUAUCGACACCAGCCCUGACCAGAGCGACCUUUAAGGUGUCCAAGAGGCUGAGCAAAGCAGGUUGGGUCGUGGGGUUUAUUCUCAGUUAACGUGAGCCAGAUCCUCAGCUGGUGUGAAGCCUGCCUACCCCCGUUGCCUUACCGGAACUCACUGUCACCAACUGAGGCUAUGCUGUGUGUGAUUACGGUUGCACUAGCUGCUUCUUCUCCACUGCGGGUAUGAUCCUGCGUCGCACCCCACCCCUUCUGCUGACUUCAGUUGGAGUUUGGGGGGCACACCGGGGGGCAGGGUCAGACCCCAAGUCCACUAAGGAAUUGGGGGCUCACAUGGUUUGCAGGAGGACAGGUCUCUUCUCCACUCUGUAUUACACUAACUGCUUUGUUUUGGAGGCCUGUCUGAGCCCGGGAUGGAUCAAGACAGCUCAACAAGAUCCAUCCAGUCCAUUUGUCUUGUUGUGCUCAGUGGCUUUUGUUUUCCUGCAUGACACUGUCUGAGCCCACCGCAUGCCCCUCCUCCACCAUUGCCGGGUGGGGGAGCCCAGGGCAGCUCAGAGUAGAGUCAGCGUAGGGUUGUCCAGUCAAUGUUGUGUUGGCAAAGUGUUGCCUUUUAAAAUCCAACACUAAAAUAAAACCACCGCAAUCCCCGUAUCUAUUGAUCUUAUUGUCAUGGAGCCGCUACCACUGGCCAAGGCUUGUACCCACUACAGCGCCCGUCCUCUGCCCCACCACCUCCCUUCAGCGUCACCCACCUUGAUCCACUCUGCUGGGUGCCGAUCUCUGUUCCGCAGGGGACGUCCCGGCUUUGUCACUGUUAAGGUUUGGUUGCUGUAGGUGGAUCUGGCAAGGCCUUGUACUGUUAAUUGGAAAUGUUGCAAUAUUUCUGUUUUCCAAAAUCAAUACACCAGAGAACCUA